AGUAAAAUGACUAAAAUUAUUACUGAAAGCCGAGAACGUGUGCUACGAAGCAUGAUGUAAAAGAUUCAUGAACAAGAACCCAAAGUGUGGGCUAAGCUAUACCGCUUUGUAGGGGAUUUGAAGCUUAUUCGAUUUCUUAAGAUCAGUGUUCGAGAUCCAUACAGGAUGCUUGCGUGCGAUGUCGCACAGCGACACAAAUUAUGACUGGCAAAACAGACGUAUUUAAUAGUCUGUCUAGCAACUGAUAGUUCACGGCGAGAGAAAUUUGUGGAUGUGUAAAACCCCGAUAGAGUUAUCAAAAUUCUGCCUACGAACAGUUGAAAAGGGAAAACAAGGUAUUUUACAAAGACGAUAAAUCUAAUAGGAGUGGAGACAUGAAUUAAGAAGAUGAGAGAUCCGAUGAAUAGCGCCGGCGUUUCGAUUUACAAUGUGGAUGAAAAUGUGGACGAUCGAUCGAAUAAUGAAUUGAGUGAUUUGCUGAACAACGCGAAGAUUCACAUUUUAGAGCAACCUAAUAUGGGAGCACUUCGAAAGGAGAGAAUUAAACGGGAUAGAACAGCGAUGAAGGGUAUCAAUCUCUCGGUUGCUAAUCAUGUUAUGGGAAAGGAACCUGUAAAAAAAGAUGAAGCAGCUGCUGUGUGCAUACAACGUCAUGUGAGAGGAUAUUUUGGAAGGAAAAAGUAUCUUCAACUGCUCUAUGAGCAAUUUGAAAAGGAGGAAGCAGAGAGAAAUGAGAAGAUCAGACAACAAGUAGAAGAAGGACAAAUAAUUGUUGACAAUUAUCAUUUAAAACAAGAGAUGGACGAGAACGACUGUCUAAGAAGGAACAGACGAAGACGAGAAAACUGGGGCGCCGUGACAAUUCAAAGAGUUUGGAGAGAGUAUUCAGAAAGAAUGCACAAUAAACUUGCUAGUUUAAAAAACGACCGUGGUAAAGGAACACUAAAAAAUGGUUACAAUGGAAUGUUCGAUUCGUUUGCCGUGUCACCAUUUGAAGAUGAUUUUUACGAGGAAGAUAUGUUUCAAAACCAUUCCGAAUAUGGAGAACAUGAAAAAGGCAGUUCGGAUGGAGAAUCUGAAGACAACCAUGGAUCGAGCUAUUCCGAAUCCGAGCAUAAGCCCGAACGAGAUCGUAGUUACUUAAGCAGAAGCUUUUCAGAAAACUCAGAGACUGCAGAUUUAAACAAAGAACUCCCCCCGCCUAGUACGGACUGGGAGUCGAUCGACCAUCGCUUGAAUUCAAGUGGUAUACAAACCACGGACUCGCAAUACUCACCUGAUCCUAAGGUUAUUAACAGGCUAUCGAUCGGACCGGAUUAUUUACAAUUGUGUUUCGAAGAUGAUAACGCGUUAUCCGAUGAAGGGGAAUCACAUCACGAGGAAGCAGAGAUUAAGCAAUACAUCAUUGAGGACUAUAAUGGCUGUAGAUCCGAGGAUGAUAAGAAACGCGACUCCGGGUGUAUUCUAAAAGACGAUGGACUGAAUUCGGAGCCCAUUGAUGUAAAAAUAAUUAAGCCAGAGGAACUCGAGAGCACAGAAAUCUCCGAAGAGGAGACGACGCAGGUUCUACUGGAGCUGGAGUUCGUGAGUGAACCUCAGAUUGAGGAGAACGAAACGGAUUUACUGAGAAAGAAAUUAGAAAGAUUUAGCCUCCGACAUCUUGAAACUCAAAUCAUUGAUCUUAAGAUUAGAGUUAAAGAAGUAUCAGACGAGUUGGUUGAGGAGUUACUGAUACGAGAUCAGCUACACGUGAGACAAGAUGCACUCUUGAUGGAUGUUGAAGACGCUGUUAAGUAUGCACAAACCAAGCACAAGAUGUCGCAGAAAUCAUCAAAAUGAAGUACCCAAGUGCAAGUACUUCAUGAGCCGCAUAACACUCACUGAAGAACUUUGGAAAAUCUUGGCAAUUGAAUACGCAAAUUAAUAAAAGGGGCUUGCCAAUGUUGGCGUAUAUUAAGGCAGUACGGUGGAACUCACGCGGUUAAAAAUAUACGUUUAGUUAGUAAUAACUAUUAAUUCUUGUAUGCAUUGAUUGAGAGCCAUUUCUAAACUGACUAAACUCUGGGUGCCACUCUGUCGAAGAUUUCCUAAUUCCAAUUUUCAAUCUUAAACGAAAGCGCCCUCAGAUUAGAUUACCCAAUCUGCUGUACUGCUUAAUGGAGCCUAUGUCGCUGCAAAGAAUGCAAUACAAUGGACAACUAUAAAAUUUGGAGCGGUUGUGUGGACGCUUCGUUGUUGCAAAAAUAUAUACUACCAACUUUCAGUCCAAAAAAAUUCUCGUAAAAGUUUUUUGGUAUAUUCAAGUCGCUGCAUUUCCAUUAGUGAUAAAUUGAUGUGUAGAAAACUAACAAAGCGGGCUUAUAGUUAACAUUACAUAAUGUAACAAGGAGGGCUUCACUGUUAUGUAAAUGUGAUUUUUAUUAAAUUAUUGAGUAUGUUUUUAUGUUA